AUGACCGAAACUGAGUCUCUUGGCGAAAUGUGUGACCUUCGAUUUUUUGAAUCUGGUCUUUCUACAAAAGAGAUUCCAAAGUUCAAGGAUGUGUACUACAUUACAAAAAACGUGAACGUUUACGAGCCUUUUACAAUAGAGAUUUAUGCAUCACUUCUUUUCAACGUUAAAAAAGAUUUUGUCGUUACGCUGACUGGGAUGAAGUUAGACAAAAAUAAUAAAUAUCAGAUCUUUCAAAAUUUUGAAGAUGACUCAACAAAGCAAAAAGCGACAAAAGAGUCUCAUUUAGGCCAAACAACAUUUGUGAAAUAUGACAUGGCCAAAGCCCUUGAAAUUAUGGGGAAAACGAAUGCGGACUACUCCAAGAGUAUCAGUGAUGGGGUUUCCGAGUCGUUCUUUGCUAUGAAAAAGGUAGAAGAUAACAUUCGAGACAAAUUGGCGUAUUAUUGGAGAGAAGACGGGGACAAACUCAAAAAGUUUCAGUUUGAGGCCAAAGUGUUCAACCCUAAUGACGUCAUCACCAUCCCCAUCUUCUUUAACUUAGCUUUAAAAGAUCAUUUAAAUAUAGGCUUUAAACAAUAUCAAAUUAACAUCGACUGUUAUUCAACAUCUUCAAUAGCUCAAAAUGAAAUGAAGCUCAGUGAUAUUAUUGAAACUCCUUUAAGUAUGGAAUUGAUUAAAAUCAGCGAGUGUUCUAUUCCAAAGAACGACGAAGUUUCAACGAAGUACCCUGCCUUCUGCCUUAACAAGGAGAAUGGGAAAUUGUUUUCACAGAGAAUUGUUGAGAAAUUGCUUGGAAGAGAUGGGAAGAUCAAAAACAACGACUUUGAGGCUUUACCCAAAUUGUAUUCUAUGAGGUAUGAAGAGCGAACUAAAUUUCUUCAGAACUGUCGCAACCGGACUAUAGCAAGUGAGAAUGAGUUACUCACUAAAAUGGAAGAGGAAAGAAGGAAAUUGUUUGUACCAUUUUUUGGGAAGGUUGAGAUGGAUGUGACGUGCUUUGUGUUUAUGGAAGUAAAGACUUUAGAAUAUGAAAUGAAGAUUCGAGAGAGGAAAUUGCCGUUGAUUGAAGUCUUGAAGAUGACAAUAAAUGUUGCAAAGGGAGUACAAGCACUUAAUUCGUUUGGAUUAGUCCACGGGAAUUUGAAUCCACAAACCAUUUAUUUCCAAAAUGGCGCACCUAUAAUUGGGAGUGUGGAGUAUUCGCAGAAGAGUGGGAAGAGUAAAGAAGAUAUAGGAAGUCAUGACCCCUUACUCAUGAUAACAGCAAAAGAAAAGAAUUCGUUGUUUUCACCACCGGAGAACAAAUACAUAGAACGCAGUGAUGUAUAUUCAUUAGGCGUUUUAAUCUUGUAUUUACUGUCUGUUGCAACGACUCAUAAUACGACUGAGAAGUUAUCCAAUUUCUUAAAACAGUUAGAGAGUCACCAAUUUACUGAUGAAAUGAAGGCAUUGAAAAUGCCUGAAUCGUUGAGGAACUUAAUAAUCACGUGUUUGAAGAAGGUCAGUGAUACUGAAUACUUCGAUGAACAGAAAACAUGUGAAGCGCUUGCGGCAUUUGAAAUGGUGAAAGUCUUAUUGAUGGAUAGAGAAAGUACUUCUAAGUGUAUUAAUACGGCUCACGAGCAAAAUGUGGCUAUAUCAAAAACAACGAAAAUAGUCGCCGGGCAAGUUAAUAACUUGAAAGGCCUUCGCGACAAGAUCACGGAGACGAAGAACAACGCAAUCAUAAUGAGUAAUAACAAAGAGAUCAUAGCAGCCAAAAGCUCUGACUUGUCUAAGAUGGUGAAUAACCUUGUGAGCUCAGUUGAUGGACUGAAGAGUAACAUUGAAAUGAUCUCGUCAGACUUUUUUAAGAAUGAGAAGGAGUUCAAUACUGUGGUAUAUGAAUUAAGUCAGAUGUAUGUCUUUAUGAGAUCGAAUGAAUAUCAAACAUCACCACAAAACACACAAAAAAUAGAAAAAAAGUUUUAUGAAUUUUUAAAUUGUGUUGGUCAUGUCAUUGGUGACGGCAAAAACAAGAUUGAAGAAAGUCUCAAAAUUUUCCAGGAAAUUUUGUACUCUGAAGUGGUCGGUGAGAAAAAUAGGAAAUUGGACAUCGUCUCAUUUUCUUUGAUUGAACCUAAUAAAAGUCUGGCCACUGCGUCAACUAAUAUUAAAAUCGUUUUGAAUUCGGGAAUCAAAGAAAAGGGAGAAAGUGUCAAAAAAAUGAUUCAAGAAACUCAACUGAUCGACGCAUUGGCUCUUUCUAUUACACCCCAAAACGAAGGAAAUGACGUUGUCGAUCAGAAAACAAAGGAUCUUGAAAAUAAACCACUGAACGAAGAACUUUCCCAGAUGAUUGAUGAGGAAAAGCAAGAAGAAUUGCAUUUGUUUCACGAAUCAUAUAAAAAUCUCCAAAAGGAAGUGAAAAUCCACGUAACUGAAGGUGGUGAUAAAGAAAAAGUGGAAGAAAAGGCACAAACUUUGAUCGACAUGGAAUAUAAAUUGAAAAAGACAGAAGAAUUUCUGUUCAUUUUGGAAUCAAAACUCAAAUUGAAAAAAGCCGAAGAUUUGUACACGUCAUCCGUCACCGAUUUUGUUGCGAAAAUCAAAGAGUCCAAAAACGAAAAAGAAAGUCUUGAUGUACUUGAAGAAGAACUUGAAAAUCUUGAAAGGGUGUAUGACAAAUAUGCCAGAACGAAGAUUGAACAAGCAAACCCCUUUACUUUUGAUCUUGCAAACAAUUUAGUGCGAGUAGAAUUUUCAUUAAAACUUAUGGAGUUCGAAUUGGCAGAUCAAAAAAUCAUAACAGAAGAAGAAAAGAAACACACUGCGUCUGAAGUGGCUAACGCACUCCAAAACGAAAUUAAUAAUCAGGUGACGUCACUCUUUGGUACGUACCCAGACGUCAUGAAAGACAUUAACAACACGUGGCGAGAUUUAAAAAAGAAAUGGGAUGACACACAAUGGGACCAACAAUCACUUGAAACAAUGGAAAGAGUUUACUUUGAUCUAUUAAUCAACACGUACGAAAACGAAAUUGAUGACGUUAAACGGGAAGACUUCAUUUCGAAAACAGUUGACGCUGCGUUCACCAAAAUCAAUAAAGCGUUCCAGAAAAAGCAAACUGCCGGCACAAAAGCGAUUUUCGACGAACUCACAAAUCUUCAAAAAAAGAUCAAAUCAAUCAACGACUCGUACUUUUUGGCAAAAACGAAAGAUGAGAAAAAAGAGAUUAGUGUUGAGGAAUUAGUUAAUAACAAAGAAGAUUUAAAUGUCGAAAAGAUGAAAGAGAAAAUAGCGAAACGCGCAGAGUUAUAUGGUUUUGAUAAUAUAGAAAGACUGAGAACCAAAACUACUUUUAAAAGGAAUGUGGAUAUGUUUUGGGAUAAAACUGGGCAGUUGAUAAUGGAAAUUGUUCCGAAGAUGGAAGAACAGGUUGCGAUCAACGUCGAGAAGGUCCAAGCAGAUUUCAAAACGAUCAUGACACACCUCGACGAAUUUGUUGGGGCGGCAAAUGACGUGUUUAUCAAUGAAAAGAAGAAAAUAAGUCAAGCAGAUGAAGUGGUAAAAACAGCUCUGAAAAGUAUUGAAAAAUCUCAACUCAAUGAGGAGAUCGCAAUCUCAAAAUCUCAGAUCGUUUGUUACUUAAAAACAGUACAAAAAAUACAAGGCAAAAGCGAGAAAGGAGUUAUUGAGAUUUUACAGCUGCUUGAAAACUGCUCAAAAAGCAAAGGCGACUUCUUGAAUAAUUAUGAUAACGAGAUUGAGAACGUCGGAACGAAGAAGGAAAAUUUAGUUGAAACACAGAAAAUAGUGGAAAGCGUGAACAUUGCUUUGAAAGAAGUUUCUGAAAAUAAAGCAUUUGAUGGAAACAGUGAGAGCGGUAAGAAGCUACUUCAAGACCUCAAUGUUCUCAUUUCAGAGAAAAAGAUACAAGAGAUUGAAGACGUCGGAAAGAAACUACAGAAAUUGGAAAAAAAUGAAGAAGAAGACGAAAAGCUUGCAAUUGUCAAAGAAAUAUUGGCCAUUGUCGGGGAAGUACACGAGACACUCUGUGAUCAAAUCUCGGCGAUACAAAAUGAUUUCGACUUAUUAGAAGAGAAAAAAAAGAACGCAGAAAAACUAAUUGAAGUGUGUAAGAGCACUUCCGAAACGUGCAACAAACUCAUGGGAGCGACCAAAGAAGAGGAAUUUAAUGACGUGUACAACUGCACUCAAGAGUUCUUUGACCUCAUGAGGGUUGAGGACUUGGAUAUGAUUAAAACGUUUAACUCGGUGUUUGAAAAUACACUCAAUGGGGAAAUCGGAGUCGAAAUCGAACUGGAGAAACAAAACGAUGAGAAAAAGAACAAUGAAAAGAGACCAACUCUUGCACAGUUGCUCAAACAGCUCAACGAAAUCAAGUUGAAUUACUUGUUAUAA